AAGCCCUCUCCAAUUCUUCGCUUCACACAAAGCAUGGCAAACCCAACACCUCCAGUCCCCUUUCUCCUCGCCCUUCUCCUCCUCCUUAUUCUGCCCUUCAUCUUUUCCCCAAGUGGCGAAUUCGUCCGGUUCGCCGAGGCGGGAAAGCGCAGAGUCCACAUCACCGACGACCUGGACGACGUCCUUGACGACGAGGAGGACGACACCUGGAAAGAAUGGGGCAAGAAAACGAAACCCUCUUCCGAUUUUGAUCCGCCGCCCGAUUUGUCGAAGAUGGACAUGUCGCAGAUACAGGCGGAGAUGAUGAAACGGCAAACCGGGCCGGCUUUCGGGUUCGUGAAGCUGCGGAUGGGCGAGAAGCGGACUCGGGAUACAGUGGCCGAGCUUGCUAUGAAGUGGACUCAAGUUCUGAGGACCGGAGCAAUUGAGGCAAGGUUCAUGGGUGUUGAUCUAAACACGAUCAUGUUCAACAUGGAAAGAGGCCAAGACACAACAGAGUUGAAGGAGUUUGCGUUGAAACAACCAGAGGCCUAUGAGAUAAAGAUUGGCGAUCAAGUUUUUCGAAGACCAGGAGAUCCUCCUUUAGAGGAACUCGUUGAGAAGCUCCGGGAUGAGAAAAAGAGAAAGGAGAGUGACAGUGCAACAGAGAGCAAUAUACAUUUGAAAGAGGAAUUGUAGUUGUACCAGUAAAUUUUCUGACAUGAAAUAUAAUAACCCCUGUUGUAAAACCAUAGCAACCUCCACUCCUAAUGAUGUUGGAAAAGGUAACUGUAAACGAGCUUUGUUUCUCGGAAUUCUGUUUUUAUUUAUGAAUUUGUUGUAUGAAAGGAGACAAAGUGCUCUCAACUAGUUUAAA